GUGUGUGUGAGUGAGCGAGUGAGUGUGUGAGUCGCUCCAAACUUGGCCGGUAACUUCUCCGCAUCUGCCGCACGUUUGAUUGUUGACCGCGCAGCCGGGGCGAAGUGACGCGGGGGAGAGCGGAGAGGCACUGCGGACUUUUAACUGGACAUAUGGUGUGUGUGUGUGCGUGUGUGUGCCGGAGGAGUAACCCAUGAAACAAAGGCGAAAUUUACUGCUGUAGUCCCACACACACACACGCACACACACACACACACACACACUGAGUGACAGACGGAGCGGCGGAGUGUCCAGCGGACCUACAGGACCAACACCAUGGACUAAAACUUUUUGCACCGGGGAUUAAACACAUGAGCUGGAUUGACUGGAUGCGCGCUUUCCACACACACAUCCUCCGGGAUUAAAACGAGGAGGGCCAAUGGAUAAUUUCUUCACGGAGGGUGCGCGGGUCUGGCUACGGGAGGAUGAGCAGUACCUUCCCAGCACCGUGUCCUCUUGCUCUGGAGGUGUGGUCGUGUUUGCCACAGACUACGGCCAGGUGUACACCUACAAGCAGAAUGCCCUGACCAGGCAGAAGGUGCAGCCCAUGCACCAGAGCAGCAUCAGAGGGGUGGAGGACAUGGCGACGCUGGAGGACCUGCACGACGGGGCCAUCAUGCACAACCUGUUCCUGCGAUACCGGCAGGGCAACAUCUACACGUACAUCGGCUCCAUCCUGGCGGCGGUGAACCCGUACCAGGCCGUCCCGGCGCUGUACGACCGGCCCGCGGUGGAGCGCUACAGCCGCCACCACCUGGGAGAAAUCGCCCCGCACAUCUACGCCGUCGCCAACGAGUGCUACCGCUCGCUGUGGAAGAGGCUGCAGAGCCAGUGUGUGCUCAUCAGCGGAGAGAGCGGCGCCGGGAAAACAGAAAGCACCAAGCUGAUCCUCAAGUUCCUGUCGGCCAUGAGCCAGCACUCGCUGGAGCUGUCGUCCAGAGACGGGACGUCCCACGUGGAGGAGGCGCUGCUGGAGAGCAGCCCCAUCAUGGAGGCCUUUGGAAACGCCAAGACGGUCUACAACAACAACUCCAGCCGCUUCGGGAAGUUUGUCCAGCUGCAUUUCUGCCAGAAGGGAAACAUCCAGGGGGGCAAAAUCGUCGACUACCUCUUAGAAAAGACCCGGGUGGUCAGACAGAACCCAGGAGAGAGAAACUACCACAUCUUCUACGCCCUGUUUGCAGGAACCAACGCCCAGCAGAGAGAGGCGUUCGGGCUGAGCCACGCCGACAGCUUCCACUACCUGCAGCAGUCGGGCUGCGUGGCCGACAAGACAAUCAACGACAAGGAGACGUUCCAGGAUGUCCUGAAUGCCAUGCGUACGAUGCAGUUCACGGAGGAGAACAUCGGGGAGAUCCUGCGCCUCCUGGCGGGGAUCCUGCACGCCGGAAACAUCGAGUUCAUGACCGCCGGAGGAGCGCAGGUCUCCUCCAAAUCAGCGCUGAACCGGACCUCGGAGCUUUUGGGGCUGAACGCAGAUCAGCUGGCCGAGGUCCUGACCCACCGCUCCAUGAUCCUCAGGGGCGAGGAGAUCUCCACACCGCUCACGGUGGAGCAGGCGGUGGACUCCAGAGACUCCAUGGCCAUGGCACUUUACUCGCAGUGUUUCACCUGGAUCAUCCGCAAACUCAACAACCGCAUCAGGGGCAAGGAGGACUUCAAAUCCAUCGGCAUCCUGGACAUCUUUGGAUUCGAGAAUUUCGAGGUCAACCGCUUUGAGCAGUUCAACAUCAACUAUGCAAACGAGAAGCUUCAGGAAUAUUUCAACAAGCACAUUUUCUCCCUGGAGCAACUUGAAUACAACAAAGAGGGCCUGGUGUGGGAGGACAUCAACUGGAUGGACAAUGGAGAGUGUCUGGAUCUGAUCGAGAAGAAACUGGGGCUCCUGGCUCUGCUGAACGAGGAGAGUCACUUCCCCAAAGCCACAGACGACACGCUGCUGGAGAAGCUGCACAGUCAGCACUCGAAAAACCCUUUCUAUGUGAAGCCGCGAGUCGCUGUACACUACUUUGGAGUCAAACACUAUGCAGGAGAGGUGGUGUACGACGUGCGGGGGAUGCUGGAGAAGAACAGGGACACGUUCAGGGACGACAUCCUCAACCUGCUGAGGGAGAGCAGGCUGGACUUUGUCUACGACCUGUUUGAACACGUGCUGAGCCGCAACAAACAGGACACACUCAAGUCCAGCUCCAAGCACCGGCGGCCCACCGUCAGCUCCCAGUUCAAGAACUCCCUGCACUCCCUGAUGGCCACGCUCAGCACCUCCAACCCUUACUUCGUUCGAUGCAUCAAACCAAACACACACAAGAUGCCUGACCAGUUCGACCAGACGGUGGUUCUGAACCAGCUCAGGUAUUCAGGCAUGCUGGAGACGGUGAAGAUCCGGCGCACCGGCUUCCCCAUCCGCAGAGCCUUCCAGGACUUCUGCUGCAGGUAUAAGGUGCUGAUGAGGGACGCGUCGAUGCCGGACGACCCCAGGGGGCGCUGCAUCCAGCUGCUGCACCUGUACGACAGCAGCAGCGCAGAGUGGCAGCUGGGCAAGACCAAGGUUUUUCUCAGGGAGUCCCUGGAGCAUCAUCUGGAGAAGCAGAGGGAGGUGGAGGUGCUGAAAGCAGCGAUGGUCAUCCAGGCUCACGUCCUGGGCUACAUGGCCAGGAAGCAGUACCGCCGGCUGCUGCAGUGCAUCGUGGUCAUCCAGAAGAACUACCGGGCCUUUUACUGGAGGAGGAAGUUCCUGCUCCUCCGCUGGGCGGCGCUCACCUUCCAGAAACGGCUGCGAGGCCAGCGAGCCCGGCGGGCCUACAGCCUGCUGCAGGAGGAGAGGAGGAGGAGGGAGGAGGAGGAGCAGAGGAGGAGGAUGGAGGAGCAGAAGGAGAGGGAGAGGCAGAGGCAGGAGGCCGAGCGACUCGCCAGAGAGGCUGAGGAAACCAGGAGAAUGGAGGAGCUGCAGCGUGCUGAGCGGCUCGCCUCUCAGGCUGUGGCCCAGUCCCAGCCUGCGCUGGCGGCCGCAACAUCUCCAGACGCCCUGGAAGAACUGGAGUCGUCCGAGGCCUUUGAGGAGGUGUCCGAAGAGGAGGAGGCGAUCCGGCCUCAGGACGCGUCUCAGGUGGAGGAGAUCCUCCGGCUGGAGCGGGAGAUCCAGGCCCUGCAGAGGCAGAAGGAACGUCAGGAGCUCUCACUGACCGAGGCGUCCCUGAACCGCCUGCAGCUCCUUCGAGACCAGGAGCUCCGGCGUCUGGAGGACGAAGCCUGCAAGGCGGCACAGCAGUUCCUCGACUCGCUGAACUUUGAUGAGAUUGACGAGUGCGUGAGGAACAUCGAGAGCUCGUUGGGAGUCAGUGAAGGAGGCGAGAAGGCGAAGGAAGGCGGGAGGAGGAGAGGCGAGGAGGAGGAGGAGGUGGACGAAGGCUUCGGGGCCGAUGAUGAGGCCUUCAAAGACUCGCCAAAUCCGAGCGAACACGGCCACUCUGACGGCCAGCGGACGAGCGGCAUCCGGACAAGCGACGACUCGUCUGAGGAAGACCCGUACGCCAACGACGGCGUGAUCCCGCCGCUGCCGCCGACCACCCUGCUCCACCAGCCCCUGCCCUUACCGCCGGUGCCCCCACCCUGCCACAGCGUGUCGUCCAGCGGGGACUCCGCCUACUGCCACCCCCAGGCUUCGUCCGAGGCCCCGUCUGACGACCUGGUGGAGCUCAUACCGCCGGAUGAGGAUUCGGACUACGACCAGGACGACUACGAUGAGGGCGCCAUCGUGUCCAGCGGCAGCGUGGCCCUGUCCAACCCUCGCAGCGGCCAGUGGUCUCCAGACUACCGCGGCUCCGUGGGCACCUACAACAGCUCGGGGGCGUACCGCUUCAGCUCCGAGGGUGCACAGUCUUCGUUCGAGGACAGCGAAGACGACUUCGACAGGUUUGACACGGAUGACGAGCUGUCAUACCGGCGAGACUCGGUGUACAGCUGCGUCACGCUGCCCUACUUCCACAGCUUCCUCUACAUCAAAGGAGGCCUGAUGAACACGUGGAAGCGUCGCUGGUGCGUUCUGAAGGACGAGACCUUCCUGUGGUUUCGGGCCAAGCAGGAGGCUCUGAAGCAGGGCUGGCUACACAAGAAGGGGGGCGGCUCGUCCACGCUGUCCCGCCGCAACUGGAAGCGCCGCUGGUUCGUCCUGCGGCAGAGCAAGCUCAUGUACUUCGAGAACGACGGCGAGGAGAAGAUGAAGGGGAUGCUGGACAUGCACGCCGCCAAAGAAAUCGUGGACAACACCAACAAGGAGAACGGCAUCGACAUCGUGAUGCCAGACAGGACGUACCAUCUGAUCGCCGAGUCUGCCGAGGACGCCAGCCAGUGGUUCAGCGUGCUGAGCCAGGUGCAGAGCUCCACAGAGCAGGAGAUCAGGGAGAUGCACGACGAGCAGGCCAACCCGCAGAACGCCGUGGGAACGUUGGAUGUGGGGAUGAUCGAUUCGGUUUGUGCGUCAGAUAAUCCGGAGAGGCCGAACUCCUUCGUCAUGAUCACGGCGAACCGCGUGCUGCACUGCAACGCCGACACGCCCGAGGAGAUGCACCACUGGAUCACGCUGCUGCAGCGCUCCAAGGGCGACACGCGCGUCGAGGGCCAGGAGUUCAUCAUCCGAGGCUGGCUGCACAAGGAGAUGAGGAACAGCAGCAAAGCCUCCCUGAAGCUGAAGAAGCGCUGGUUCCUGCUUACCCACAAUUCCCUGGACUACUACAAGAGCUCGGAGCGGAACGCGCUGAAGCUGGGAACGCUGGUGCUGAACAGCCUCUGCUCCGUGGUUCAGCCCGACGAGAAGGUCUUCAAAGAGACCGGCUACUGGAACGUGGUCGUGUACGGCCGGAAACACUCGUACCGCCUCUACACCAAGCUGCUGAACGAGGCCACGCGCUGGGCCAGCGCCAUCCAGAACGUCAUCGACACCAAAGCCCCCAUCGACACGCCCACCCAGCAGCUCAUCCAGGACAUCAGGGAAAACUGCCUGAACUCUGAGGUGGUGGAGCAGAUCUACAAGAGGAACCCCAUCCUGCGCUACAGCCACCAUCCGCUGCACUCGCCGCUGCUGCCGCUGCCCUACGGAGACAUCCACCUCACCUCUCUGAGGAGCAGGAGCUACACCACGCUGCAGGAGGAGGCCCUCAAGGUGUUCAGCUCGCUGCAACACCUGGAGGGCGUGGCCGACCCGGUGCCCAUCAUCCAGGGCGUCCUGCAGACGGGCCAGGAGCUCAAACCGCUGCGGGACGAGCUCUACUGCCAGCUGAUCAAGCAGACGUGCAGGCCUCCGCAGCCCGGCAGCCCCGGGAACCUCUGCAGCUGGAAGAUCCUGGCCUGCAUGUCCUGCACCUUCGUCCCCACCAGGAGCGUCCUCCGAUACCUCAAGUUCCACCUCAAGAGGACCCGAGAGCUGUUCCCCGGCUCAGAGAUGGAGCGCUACGCCGCCUUCACCCUGGACUCCCUGAAGAAGACCCGCGCCAGGGAAAACAUCCCGUCGCAGGAGGAGAUACGAGCCAUCGUGGCGCGGCAGGACAUGACGACCACUGUGCACUGCCACGGGGGAGGAUCCUGCAAGAUCACCAUCAACUCGCACACCACAGCUGGAGAGGUGGUGGAGAAGCUGAUCCGUGGCCUGGCCAUGGAGGACAGCAGGAACAUGUUUGCUCUGUUCGAACACAACGACACCGCAGACAAAGCCAUCGAGAGCCGCACCGUGGUGGCCGACGUGCUCGCCAAAUUUGAAAAGCUCUCGGCCAGCCAAGACGAGCACAACACCGGCUGGAAGUUUUACUUCAAGCUCUACUGCUUCUUGGACACAGACAACGUCCCCAAAGACAGCGUGGAGUUUGCCUUCAUGUUCGAGCAGGCCCAUGAGGCAGUGAUUCGUGGCCAGUACCCCGCCCCAGAGGAGACGCUUCAGUUCCUGGCUGCGCUGAGGCUGCAGUACCUCCUCAGUGACCACAGUGCCCAGGCCACCAUCCCCGAAAUGUCCCAGGUGUUCCCCAUGGCGCGAUUGCGGGCCCGGGUCCAGAACUCGGCCAGGACGUUCGCGUCCGGUACCGGAUCCGUGGCCGAACGUUCAGGAACGUCGGAGAGGAAACGCUCGAGCUUCCUGGAGGGGACGCUGAGGCGGAGCUUCAGGAGCGGCUCGCUGAGUCGGCAGAAGCUGGAGGAGGAGAACAACCUGGAGGCGUGGAUGAGGGAGGAGGCGGCGGCGGUUCGGGCCAGCGUGUUGGACAAGUGGAGGAAACUGCAGGGGAUGAACCAGGAGCAGGCCAUGGUCAAAUACAUGGCUCUGGUCAAGGAGUGGCCAGGAUACGGCUCGACGCUGUUCAACGUUGAGUGUCGUGAUGGCUCUUUCCCCUUCGAGCUGUGGUUGGGUGUGAGCAGGGAAGCCAUAUCUGUGUAUAAACGAGGGGAGCCCUGGCCUCUGGAGGUCUUCCCAUAUGAACAGAUCCUUUCCUUUGGCGCUCCACUGCCCAAUGCCUACAAAAUUGCCGUCGAGGGCCGCGAAUUGGUCUUCGAAACCAGUCUGGUAAUGGACAUCGCCAAGCUGAUGAAGGCCUACAUCAGCAUGAUCGUCAAGAAGCGCUACAGCAACUGUCAGUCUGUCAGCAGCCACGGCAGCCAGUGCAGCGCCUGGUGAACUCUCAGCCCUUCACUCUUUGACCUUUUCACUUUUGAUCUUUGGCCACUAAAACCAGACGGCCGUGGAGGUUGAGCGUGGCUGCUGUCGGCCGUGCAAGGACGCCGAUCCUCAGCGCACUGGAGAAAGCAGCUCUUUUUUUGUUUCGUUGGGUUUUUUGGUUUUGUUUUUUGUUUUUUGUUUUUUUUUGUCCAACUGACUUUGUAAAUGCUGGAGACCACGGAUUAAAAACCACGAUGCUCUUAAUGUUAACCAGCUAGUUAUCUGAAGGGUUUCAUUCCAAAUCACUACCCAUCCACACUGGAUUUCUUCACAGUAUACUGAAUGUAAUUUCAGACGAUAAGAUUUUGUAUAGAAAAGUCUUAAAAUAUGGCGGUGAAUAGGGCUACUGGUUCGAGCUGCCUUCUUUAAACCACAGAGGAUGUGUUGAUACCGCAUUUUUGUGUCCUUGAGCAAUUUCUACUGUCACCGCCCCAGACCUUUGACCACCAUGUUGGCAGUAAAGCAAAAAGAGAAUUUCCUUCCAGGGAUCAAGAGAGAAUCGCAUCUCGUUAAAGACGCAUUCACAGCAAUCAUGUUUGGUGCAGGUUAUUUGAAAUUUUUACUUCUUAAGCGCAGUUUGUCUGGCCUGAAAACACCUGAAAGUGCCAGUCUCAGUCCUUUUCCAAGCAAGAGUACGAACGACAUCAGAGCCAACAACCCCAACAUGCAAGGCUUUGUGGGUAAAGUCGGACAAAGAUGCAGUUCGUCAAGUUUGGAAAGCCGAGUAAAACAAAACAGGCCUGGACUGACACUCGUGCACUGCUGUUUCUUUGUGUGUUUUUAAUUGGUAUGAACACCAGAGAAGAAGAACAGGCAGACAAGGCCGCCACGCUCAGCUGAGCCCCAAAAUCAUAAACCUGGCAGGAGGACAGCUUUAUGAAACUCUCUUCAGGUAACAAGUUAAUUUGCAACUCCAAGGUGACUUUUGUUCACAGGCCCUGGUUUGCUUGUAAUUGGGCAGCGGAACCCUAAACGAACUGAAUUCAAAAAUGCGACAAAGUGGACUUUGCACCCCGGAUACGACCAAAGAAAACCAACAGCAGGUGUGUUUUCUCACCGCUCAUCGCUUUGUAAGACCCGCUGUCCAGGUUUUCAAGUGUGGACGUUCUCAUUUUGGAAUGAAACCUUUCAUUUCCACCUGAUGCUAACGCGCCGCGGCACCACAAGGGCUGUCGUUACCGAGGCUGUACCUUUUUGUAUGUGUGGAUGUGGGUGUGUGGUUGUGCUUUUAAAGCGGGGUGUGUUGAUAGGUGGUCAGAAUGUAAAAAAAAAAAAAAAAAGAGAAAAGAAAAGAAAAGAAAAUACUUAAAGGCUUCAAGGCUUUUUUCCUCUUCUUGGAACGACUCUGGGAUUUCUGGAAGGACUCGCUCCAGGACUUUCUGCUCAGUGUAAAUAAUAUGCAACUGUAGUCGUCUUAAGCAUUUCAAGUUUCCUUGUGAUUGUUGCAGAAGGUAUUUGCUCGCGAUGUGGAGGUCACUCAAGUGCCUGGUUCAGAAGACAAACCUAAGCAGGACGAACUCCGCUUUUGAGUCCAGUUUUUCUAUAAAUGCCACUCUGUUUUUUUUAAUAACCAGAUUCUGGAAGGCGCUCCCAAGUUCCCUUUAACUACUAAUGUACUUGUACCCUGCAAAAACGAUCCAGCUCUGCAAGUCAUUUAAGCUAACGUUGGGUAUGGAAAUCCCCUUUCUCUAAAUCUGCCAGCAGUGACACUGAU